GCAUAACCUACUCGCUAGGAACAUAAUGCAGCUUACUCGCACUCAGGUUUCUCGCUCGGGCGUCCGCCCCACCCGCGCGUCUCGCCGGGUGCUGGUCGCCAAGGCCGCCAAGACUGCCAAUGGCCCUCGCGUCGCUAUCGUCGGCAUUACUGGCGCUGUCGGCCAGGAGUUUCUGACGGUGCUGACGGAGCGUAACUUCCCUUACAGCUCUAUGAAGAUGCUGGCCUCUGCCCGGUCUGCUGGCAAGAAGCAGGAGUUCGAGGGCGUCAGCUACACCAUUGAGGAGCUGACGGAGAACAGCUUCAACGAUGUGGACAUUGCUUUGUUCAGCGCUGGUGGCUCCAUCAGCAAGAAGCUGGGCCCCAUUGCCGCCAAGGCUGGCGCCAUCGUGGUGGACAACUCGUCUGCUUUCCGCAUGACUGAGGGCGUGCCCCUGGUCAUUCCCGAGGUCAACCCCGAGGCCAUGUCGCAUAUCAAGGUCGGCAAGGGCGGCGCCAUCAUCGCCAACCCCAAUUGCUCCACCAUCAUCGCGCUGAUGGCCGUGACCCCCCUGGACCGCGUCGCGAACGUGAAGCGCAUGUGUGUUUCCACCUACCAGGCCGCCUCGGGCGCCGGUGCUGCCGCCAUGGAGGAGCUGCGCCAGCAGACUCGCGAUGUGCUGGACGGCAAGCCCGCGCAGCCCAAGAUCUUCCCCCAGCAGUACGCGUUCAACCUGUUCUCGCACAACAGCGGCAUGGACGUGGCUCUGGGCUACAACGAGGAGGAGAUGAAGCUGGUGAAGGAGACCCGCAAGAUCUGGAACAACCCCGGGAUCCGCAUCACCGCCACCUGCGUGCGCGUGCCCGUCAUGCGCGCCCACGCCGAGUCCAUCAACCUGGAGUUCGAGAAGGACAUCUCCGAGGCGCAAGCGCUGGAGGCGCUGGCGGCCUUCCCCGGCGUGUCCAUCAUUAACGACCGCCAGAACAACCGCUUCCCCACCCCCCUGGACGCCACCACCAAGGACAACGUGUUCGUGGGCCGCGUGCGCCGCGACAUCUCGCGUGAUGACAACAAGGGCCUGGACCUGUUUGUGUGCGGUGACCAGAUCAAGAAGGGCGCCGCGCUCAACGCCGUCCAGAUCGCCGAGCUGCUGCUGUAAAUGGACUCGGUUGGGAACGCGGGAACGCAGCGGUGCGGGGCUAGGGGCACCCGCGUGUGCGUGUGCUGCAAUGGCGUGAGCAGGAGCAGGCGCGGAGGCUGUUUUGCCGAGGCGCUGGGAGCAGGUGGAGCCGUGGAGCCGUGUUGUUCUGGGUUAAUGAGAUGGAGCAGGUGGUGCGGAUUGGGCUUGGAGGUUCAGUGGCAGCGAGUUGGUGGGGCACUGGGUGUGAAAUUUCAAGACAAGAUUAGCCAAUAUAAUUCCGGACCCGGCGCUUGGGGGAGCGCCGCUUGGCGUGCGAUACAUGCAUGUAGAGAAGAUCGAUGAUGCCCUGCCGUGUGUAACAUGGUUAAGAUACGUACAUCAAUGGGGGGAAUGCGAGGUUAUGGAUGCGAAUUACAAUUGAAGGGACAGUCCGACGAGGUUAUGGGGAGACUACUGGCAGGGACUGCGCCGGACUGCCUGCAGGUGCGCAUCGGCUAUGCUAUCCGCGCGGUGUGGCGUCGCAUUGAGUCUGUGUGGUGCUAUCGCCUUGGCCGGGCGCCCGGAGCGUGAGGAAUGCGCGUCAGCAAAACAUCGACA